AUGACAUCGCCUUCGCUUCCCGACAGCUAUGCAACCCUCAACCUCCCAGCCCUACAGCUCUUCCAUCAUCCCCCCUCUUCCAAAGAAGUGACACAUGUCAUAGUCAUAAAGCUUCACCGUCCUGAAGCCCGUAAUGCAUUCACCGACACAAUGGCGGCUUCGCUCUCCCAUGCGCUCAACACACUCUCUGUUGAUCCUCGCGUUCGCGCUAUAGUUCUCACUUCGUCGGAUCCCAAGAAUCGCAUGUACUGCGCUGGUAUGGACUUCAAUGAGGAGCAUGCAUUGGGCAAAGACGCUGCUGAUCAUCGCGACUCCGGCGGCAUUGUCACUUUACCCAUGUAUCGUUGCAACAAGCCUGUCAUCGUCGCCAUCAAUGGCUCUGCUGUUGGCGUGGGUAUCACAAUGACCCUCGGCGCCAACAUCCGCGUCGUGAGCCGCGACGCCCAGAUCGGCUUUGUGUUUGGUCGCCGUGGUUUCAGCAUGGAGGCAUGCAGCAGUUUCUUCCUUCCACGCCUCAUCGGAACCAGCCGUGCACUUCACCUCACCACCACUGGCGCUGUCUACCCUGCCACCCACAAGCUCUUUGACGGUCUCUUCAGCGAGAUUGUUGCACCUGAAGAGGUUCUUCCCACAGCGCUCAAGAUCGCGGAUGAGAUAGCGGCCAAUGUAAGUGGUGUUUCCGCGCGGGUAAUGAAGGACAUGAUCUACAGGGGUGCCUCGUCGCCUGAGGAGGCGCAUCUACUUGAGAGCAAGAUAUUUUGGGACUUGUUCACAGGUAAGGAUGCGAAAGAGGGAAUGAAUAGCUUCUUGGAGAAGAGGAAGCCGGAUUUUACGGGGACCAUGGACAAGAACGCGCCCAAGAUCUACCCUUGGUGGACGCCCGUUGAUAUUGCCAGGCCAAAGCUGUAG